UAUAUUAAGUAGACAGUUUUCAGAGGUUUUUCGCUAGUAAUUUAAUAAUUUUCUAAUACAAUUAUUUAUGUCGAGAUAAAAUGGUUUGCUGUGCUGUAUCGAAUUGUAAAAACACUUCGAUAAAAACAUCAAAAAAUAAAGAUGGAAUCACAUUCCACAGGUUUCCUCGUGAUAAGGAGAGACGGAGACAGUGGGAGAGGGCAAUGAACAGGGAGGAAGAAUGGAGAUCAAGUCCUUUUAGUGCAGUAUGCUCGGAACAUUUUGGUUGCACUGACUUUUAUCUAACUGACAGUGGACUACGAAGACUAUCUGUUAAUGCUGUGCCUUGCAUUAACAUAUCUCCAUGCCAAGAGCCAGUGCCAACAAUUUCAAGACUACCACCAGUGUACAUAGAUCCAUCAGACACAGAAGAAGUCAUCAAAUUGAAAAACAAAGUUCGGAGAUUAGAAAUGAUAGCCGAGAGCAGGAAACACAAACUCAACCUUGUCUGGCAGAGCAGGAGGAGGUUAAAGAAAAAAUUAGAGUGUAUGAAAUGUAUGGUCAAACAUUUAAUUAAAAUAAAGGACAGUACAAGCUUAGCGGAACAAUAUAAUUGUGAAGUUUCUCAUUGAGGCUAAUGUUAUGAAAGUAAAUAUUUAAUCUGAGCAGCAUAUUAUAUAUGUGCACAGGAAUGCCAAACUUAAAUGCUGUCAUUCAUAAUAUAAUAUAUAAUUUUAUAUAAUGAACAAAUUCUA